GUGACACAAAGUUUACCAUAUUUUCACUCUACUAAACCUUUGCGCAUUUUACCCUAACCUUCCACCAGUUUAUUGAACUUCUCAUCGAAUAUGGUGAUAAAUACAAUUAAACGUAGACAUACGGCAAUAUUAUACACUUGUAAAAUGCGAUUAGAGGCAUGAAUUAUCGCAUUUUAGGCAUAUGCUCGUACAAAUGUGCAUAUAUGCAUGCAUAAGAAAAUUGACAAGAAGAGGAUGUUUGUCUGUUGUCACCCACCGGGGUCAACCAUUACCGCGAACUCAUUGAGUUCUAUAAGAAGUAUGAUUCGUGCACACCUGGCUUAUCAAUAAUUGGUCUCUCCACACACCAAAACACUCAACGUCUGUUCGCAUUGUCGACAUCGGUUCUAAUACAAACGGCUGGAACAAUGAGCGGCUAUAAAAGACGAUGCUGCGCCGAAGGAACUCAUAGUCUAACGUAGAGCAGCGUAUUGCAAUUUAAGCAAAUUAUUUCUGUGAAAAAAUUUCAAUUUCAAUAUUUAUUAAGUAGAAAUGUUCAAUUUGAGCGGUAAAAAUGUCGUCUAUGUUGGGGGCUUCAGCGGUAUUGGCAACCAAGUUUGCCAUAUGCUGAUGAAGCAGCAGAUAAGCCACCUGAUUGUGAUGGGCCGUAUGGAGAAUAUGGAGAUGAUGCAGAAGCUACAGGCGGAAAAUAGCUCAGUUAAUGUGGUGUUCAUUCACAUGAACCUGAUGGACCGUGUCAACAUGGAACAGGCUGUUAAGCAAGUGAUGGGUGUCAUUAAACACAUCGAUGUGUUGAUCAAUGGUGCAGGCGUGUUGGCCGACAAGGACAUGGAAACCACAAUGGGCGUGAACUUGAUGGGUAUGAUGAAUAUGGUUUGGUUGUGUAUGCCCUACAUGGAUAAAAUGCAAAUGGGUCAAGGCGGUAUUGUGAUGAAUAUUGCUUCCGUUUACGGCUUGGAACCAGCACCUGCCUUCCCAGUAUAUGCCGCUGCCAAGCACGGCGUCAUUGGUUUCACACGCUCAAUGGCGGAUCAGCGUCAUUACCAACACACUGGUGUGGCUUUCAUUGUUGUGUGCCCUGGUCUCACCACCAGCGAAGUGAUGAUGAAUUUACGUGAGAAGUCGGUGAUGGGUCAGCAAUCAUAUGUUGGAGAGUUGGUUGAAGCGAUGGGCAAAGCCAAGCAGCAAUCGCCUGAUGAGUGUGCGAUGAAUAUGGUCAAAGCGAUGGAAAUGAUGAAAAAUGGCGCUAUCUAUUUGUGCAACAUGGGUCAAUUAAAGGAGGUGAUGCCAACCAACUACUGGCAUAUGUGAAUACGUUGAUUUCUCACAUUCUGUAGAACAAUUAGAAUUCUUGAAAAAAUGAAAAAAUCAAGAGACUUUCUAAUUGCACAAAAUAAAUUUUGAAAACAGCA